GGAUUGAGGAAUGACAUAAGACACCGCAUCACCCUUGAGUCAAGUUAAUUUGUGGGCUUUUUCUCUGCUUUCUCUCCUCUAUGCAACACUGCAACUCCUAUUGCCUACAAAUAGACCAUUUUCUGGGAUCUUAAACUCAAACUUGAAACCAGAGGCCGAGAUGGACAAGAACAUGGCUGAAGAUGGGGUGGAGGAGAAUAGGGAGAAUACGAAGAAGAAGGAGCUCGGAGGGCUCAGAACGAUGCCAUUCAUCCUGGCAAAUGAAAUAUGCGACAGAUUCGCAUCCAGUGGCUUCCAUGCCAACAUGAUAACUUAUCUGACUGAAGUGCUGAACAUGCCCCUGGUCCCAGCCUCCAACACCCUCACAAACUUCAGUGGAACUGCCAGCUUCACCCCGCUGAUCGGUGCUUUGAUUGCUGAUUCCUUUGCUGGCCGUUUCUGGACCAUUAUUGUUGGGUCCAUUAUCUACGAACUGGGAUUGGUCAGCAUCACCAUAUCUGCAGUGCUCCCAUCACUUCGUCCCCCACCAUGCCCAACUAAAGAGAACUGCAAGGAAGCCUCGACCUUGCAGCUUUGUAUCCUCUACAUCUCUCUCCUCCUCACAUCUCUGGGCACCGGUGGGAUUAGGCCUUGUGUUGUUACCUUUGCUGCUGACCAAUUUGACAUGUCCAAAUCAAAAGUUGCAUCUCGAAGCUGGAACUUCUUCAAUUGGUACUAUUUCAGCAUGGGACUGGCAACACUGAGUGCCCUGACCAUUGUUGUUUAUAUCCAAGACAAUGUAGGUUGGGGUUGGGGUCUUGGACUUCCAACCAUUGCCAUGGCUCUGUCUAUCAUAGCCUUUUUGGUAGGUUCACCUCUUUAUAAGAAAUUAAAACCGGGAGGGAGCCCGUUGGUGAGGUUGGCUCAAGUAAUUGUUGCUGCAACAAAGAAGAGGAAAGCAGUUGCACCUGCAGACCCGAGUCUCCUGUAUGAAAAUAAGGAGCUUGAUGCUACUAUUUCCGUAAAUGGAAGGCUUCUACAUACCAAUCAGUUCAAGUGGUUUGAUAAAGCUGCCAUAGUAACAGAUGCGGAGGCAACGAGUUUAAACCCACCAAAUCUCUGGAGGCUUGCCACUGUCCAUCGAGUAGAGGAACUAAAAUCCAUCGUUCGGAUGUUGCCCAUCUGGGCUGCUGGAAUCUUACAUGUCACUUCAUCGUCACAUCAGCACAGCUUCACCAUCCAACAAGCUCGCACCAUGGACCGCCACCUGUCCCCAUCCUUCCAAAUUCCUCCGGCCAGCUUGUCAAUCUUCAGUGUCCUAACCGUGCUUAUUGGGAUCGUUCUAUACGAGCGCUUCUUUGUUCCAUUGGCUCGCAGAUUCACUAGAAAUCCCUCAGGCAUCACAUCACUACAAAGGAUGGGCAUUGGCUUCAUGGUUAACAUCUUGGCCACAAUAGUGGCAUCUUUCGUUGAGAUAAAAAGGAAAGCUAUUGCGGCAAAUCACAACUUACUGGACAAACCAAGGGCCAUUAUUCCCAUUAGUGUGUUUUGGUUGGUUCCUCAGUUUGCCCUUCAUGGAGUAGCUGAGGUUUUCAUGUCUGUAGGGCACUUGGAGUUUCUUUACGAUCAAUCACCAGAAAGCAUGAGAAGCACAGCAGCAGCACUGUAUUGGAUAGCGAUAGCAAUAGGAAAUUAUCUAGGUACCCUGUUGGUCACAUUAGUCCAUAAAUAUACAGGCCACAGUAGGAAUUGGCUACCUGACAGGAACCUGAACAGAGGGAGAUUGGAGUACUACUACUGGCUGGUGAGCGGAAUACAAGUUGUGAAUCUGAUAUAUUAUGUAACAUGUGCCUGGUUGUAUACACACAAACCCGUAGAAGAGGUGGGCGACAGCAUGGACAAAAAUGAUGUUGACUUAGCAAGAGGUAGGAACGAUGGAAAUGUUGAUGGAGAUGUAGAGCUUGCGAAGACUGGAACAGUCAAGGCUCAGUGAUGAGAGAGAUUAAUAACAGUGGAUCACAAAGAAGUCUCACUUUGUUUUCCAAGAAUUCAAACAAAUAAAGAAGAAAAUUCAUGGGAUUUGGUCUUUUA